CUACUACAAGCCCGUUUCCUCUUGGAAAACAAUUCCCCAUCGUAUAUAAAAGGGAAAACUGCAAUAAAAAAAAUUUAUUAUGUAUUCCAAUAAUCCAAGAUAUGACCUGGCUGCUUACCCAGGCGACCCUCGUCGUCGGCUUCGUAAAAAUGUUCGAUUUGAAACGCCCGUGAAAGACGACGACGACGAUGAAUAUCAUAAUUUUGAAGACAGUGACAGCGAUGAUCAAAAGUUUGAAGAUCGCAAUCCUAGAAAACGAGUUGAUCCCAUUCAACAUAUGCUCCUUAUCCAUCGUCUUAACCGUAUCUCGCAAUCCUCUAAAAAUACUUUUCUUGUUUUGCUUGUGUGCUUCGUUUUCUUCUUCUUCAUUUUAAUCGGCUUUUUCUCACUUCGUUCUCAUUAAAGAGAAAUCCCUUCACGUAAUUGAACUCCCUUAAUAUUAUGCUGAGGUAAAAGUGUCCGAAUUGUUUUCUCUUUCAUGUUCUCCAGGCUAUAUUUUUAUUAUUUAGAAAAAUUUCCUUUUAUCCUUUCCUUUCUGUUUUGUCCCUGCUAACUUUUCCGAUCUUUGGAAUUGAAUUUCACUUACUGUAAAUUUGACGCUUCAUCUAUGUCCGAUCGUUCAUGCAAUACAAAACUCUUACUAGAAUUCAUACACUCCUCCAUUACCAUUCGUAGGUAUACAUACAACAUACACACACUAUGCUACAUGAUACAAUUGCUUACUUCGGGGGGUUUUUUUUCCAUUCUGAGAGAAAUCUCAUCUCAAUAGUCAAUAAUGUAUUAUUAGCUUUAGCGCGCAUUUCUAUUACUACAAAUUGCAGAAUCGUAACCUUUUCCUUUAAGAAACUAUAUACCCAAGAACCA